GGGUGCUCCCUCUCCCCUGGGCGGGAGUGGGGGCAAGGGGCGAGCCCGAGGGCCCUGUCCACCUGCCGGCGAGGCUUGGGGCGUGGCGUGGGGCGCGGCGUGGGGCGUGGCGGGGCUGCGGGAGCCCAGUGGCCGCAGAGCUGCGGCUGCUGCAGUAGCCCGGGCAGUUGCAGUUGCUGUUGCUGGCGCUGGUGCAGCUGCAAGCUGGGAGACCCACCCGCGAGAGACCAGUGAGAUUUGGACAUCCAAGUCCUGCCUGGCGCGAUCGGGUGCGCGUGGGCGCGGAUUUCCUUGCUGGGCUGCCCCUCAUGGCCCGGAUUCCGGGCCACGACUUUUCUUGGGGUGCCCCCACGCUUGGCUACCUGCUCGGCGCCUUGCUCUCGGGACUGCUUUUUCCGAGGGCCGCCGCCUUCAACCUGGACGUGGCGGGCGCACUGACCAAGGAAGGCGAGCCUGGAAGCCUCUUCGGCUUCUCCGUGGCUCUGCAUCGGCAGCUGCAGCCUCGAACCCAGAGCUGGAUGCUGGUGGGCGCACCCCAGGCCCUGGCUCUACCGCUACAGCAUGCAAAUCGCACUGGAGGUCUCUUCGCUUGCCCCCUCAGCCUGGAGGUGAAUGACUGCCACAGACUGAACAUUGAUGGGAAAGUUGAUGUGCAGAAGGAGAGCAAGGAGAACCAGUGGUUGGGAGUCAGUGUUCGAAGUCAGGGGCCAGGGGGUAAGAUUGUGACUUGUGCGCACAGAUAUGAGUCCCGGCAGCGCGUGGACCAGAUCCUGGAGACGAGGGACAUGAUUGGCCGCUGCUUUGUGCUGAGCCAGGACCUGUCCAUUCACGAUGAUCAGGAUGGGGGGGACUGGAAGUUCUGUGAGGGGCGCCCCCAGGGCCACGAACAGUUUGGGUUGUGCCAGCAGGGCACGGCUGCUGCCUUCUCCCCGGACAACCACUACCUUCUCUUUGGGGCCCCUGGCACCUAUAACUGGAAGGGCACUGCCAGGGUGGAGCUCUGUGAGCAGGGCCCAGCAGACCUGGCGGACCUGGACGACGGGCCCUACGAGGCGGGGGGCGAGAAGGAGCAGGACCCCAGCCUCAUCCCAGUCCCUGCCAACAGCUACUUGGGGUUGCUCUUUGUGACCAACAUUGAUAGCUCAGACCCUGACCAGCUGGUGUAUAAAAGUUUGGACCCUGCUGACCGGCUUCCAGGACUGGCCGGAGACUUGGCUCUGAAUAGUUACUUAGGUUUCUCUAUUGACUCUGGAAAGAACCUGGUUCGGGCUGAGGAGCUGAGCUUUGUGGCAGGGGCCCCCCGUGCCAAUCACAAGGGUGCUGUGGUCAUUCUGCGCAAAGACAGCGCCAGCCGCCUGGUGCCAGAGGUCACCCUGUCGGGGGAGCGCUUGACCUCUGGCUUUGGCUACUCAGUAGCUGUCGUUGAUCUCAACAAUGAUGGCUGGACAGACCUGGUGGUGGGUGCCCCCUUCUUCUUUGAGCGCCAGAAAGAGCUAGGGGGUGCCGUGUAUGUGUACAUGAACCAGGGGGGUCACUGGGAUGAAAUCUCCCCCCUCCGGAUCUGUGGUUCUCCUGACUCCAUGUUCGGGAUCAGCGUGGCUGUCCUGGGGGACCUCAACCAAGAUGGCUUCCCAGAUAUUGCUGUGGGGGCGCCCUUUGAUGGGGAUGGAAAGGUCUUUAUCUACCAUGGGAGCAGCAUGGGAAUCGUGGAGGAGCCCUCACAGGUGCUGGAGGGUGAAGCUGUGAGUGUGAAGACCUUUGGCUACUCUCUGUCAGGAGGCCUAGACAUGGAUGGGAACCACUACCCCGACCUGCUGGUGGGCUCCCUGGCUGACAUGGCAGUGCUUUUCAGGGCCAGACCCGUUCUCCAUGUCUCUCAUGAGGUCUUCAUCACACCACGAGCUAUCGACCUAGAACAGCCCAACUGUGUAGAUGGCCACUCGGUCUGUGUGGACCUACAGGUGUGUUUCAGCUAUACUGCGACCCCCAGCAGCUACAGUCCUAUUGUGGCCCUGGAUUAUGUGAUAGAUGGGGACACAGACCGGAAGCUCCGGGGCCAAGUGCCCCGUGUCACCUUUUUGAGCCGAACCCAGGAUGAACCCAAACACCAGGCCUCAGGCACAGUGAGGCUGAAGUACCAGCAUGACCGAGUCUGUGGAGAUGCUGUGUUCCGGCUGCAGGAGAAUGUUAAAGAUAAACUUCGUGCCAUUGUGGUGACCUUGACCUAUAGUCUCCAGACCCCUCGCCUCAGGCGACAGGCUCCUGGACAGGAGUUGCCUCUUGUGGCUCCCAUCCUCAAUGCCCACCAGCCAAGCUCUCAUCGGGCAGAGAUCCAUUUCCUGAAGCAAGGCUGUGGUGAGGACAAGAUCUGCCAGAGUAACCUGCAGCUGGUGCAGGCCCGCUUCUGUACCCGCAUCAGCGACACUGAGUUCCAGCCUCUGCCCAUGGACAUGGAUGGGACCACUGCCCUGUUUGCCCUGAGUGGGCAGCCAGACAUCAGCCUGGAGCUGACCAUUACCAACCUGCCCUCGGACCCUACCCAACCCCAGGCCGACGGGGAUGAUGCACAUGAAGCACAGCUCCUGGUCACCCUCCCUGACUCUCUGCGCUACUCAGGGGUCCGGACCCUGGACUCUGCAGAGAAGUCUCUGUGCCAGUCCAAUGAGAAUGCCUCCCAUGUGGAGUGUGAACUGGGGAGCCCCAUGAAGAGGGACGCCCAGGUCACCUUCUACCUCAUCCUGAGCACCUCUGGGAUCACUAUUGAGACCACAGAGCUGGAGGUGGAGCUGCUGUUGUCCACGAUCAGUGAGCAGGAGCUGUACCCUGCCUUUGCCCGGGCCAAGGUCUUCAUUGAACUGCCUUUGUCUAUUACAGGGGUGGCGAUUCCUCAGCAGCUCUUCUUUUCCGGCACGGUGAAGGGCGAGAGCGCCAUGAAGUCUGAGAAGGAUGUGGGCAGCAAGGUCAAGUAUGAGGUCACGGUCUCCAAUCAAGGCCAGUCACUCAAAACGCUGGGUUCUGCCUUCCUCAACAUUAUGUGGCCCCAUGAGAUCACCAAUGGGAAGUGGCUGCUGUACCCCAUGCGGGUGGAACUGGAGGGCGGGCAGGGCCCGGGGCAGAAGGGGCUCUGCUCCCCCCAACCCAACAUCCUCCGCCUGGACGUAGAUAGCAGGGAUAGGAGGCGGCGGCGGGAACUGGAGCCACCCAAGCAGCCGGAGCCUCAGGAGCGGUUGGAGCCCAGCACAUCUUGGUGGCCUGUGUCUUCUGCAGAGAAGAAAAAAAACAUCACCCUGGACUGCGCCCGGGGCACAGCCUCCUGUGUGGUGUUCAGCUGUCCACUCUACAGCUUCGACCGUGUGGCGGUGCUGAAAGUCUGGGGCCGCCUGUGGAACAGCACCUUCCUGGAGGAGUACUCGACGGUGAAGUCUUUGGAAGUGAUCGUCCGAGCUAACAUCACAGUGAAGUCCUCCAUCAAGAACCUAUUGCUCAGAGAUGCCAGCACAGUGAUCCCUGUGAUGGUGUAUUUGGACCCUGUGGCCGUGGUGGCAGAGGGAGUGCCCUGGUGGGUCAUCCUCUUGGCUGUCCUGGCUGGGCUGCUGGUACUGGCUCUGCUGGUGUUGCUGAUGUGGAAGGUGGGAUUCUUCAAGCGGGCUCGACACCCCGAGGCCACUGUACCCCAGUACCAUGCGGUGAAGAUCCCACUGGAAGAUCGACAGCAGUUCAAGGAGGAGAAGAAAGGCACCAUCCUGAGAAACACCUGGGGCAGCCCCCGGCGAGAAGGCGUGGAUGCACACCUCAUUCAUGCUGCUGAUGGCCAGCCUGAAAUGGGCACUGAUGGGCACCCAGUGCCAGCCACUGCCUAGCUUCCUCUGUCCUGGCCCACAGACCCCUUCUGACCCCUCAAGAUGGAAGAGGGGAACAUGAGUUUUGGCAGUCCCCCAGGACUUGGCAGGGUGUUUUCUUGGGGGGAUAUAGACCUUGGCCCCAAGGUCUCCUUCAAGACUGAAAGAACAGUGGUUAUGUCAGGGUAUGCUACGGAGUUGGGAGAGAAGGCAGUGACAUCCUUAAGCAAAAGUGGCAGAACAGAUGUUCAUUCUCCCUCUCACAUCACCUGGUCAUUCAGGACCCCAAGGGUCAGACUCCCCGAAAGUGCCUUAGCUUGGAGGUUUGGGGAAGAGGUCUUGCUGAUUCAGGGGAUCUUUCUCUUUAGUAUCCCAUUCUCCUCUGACCUUAGUUUGCUGCAUCAAUCUAGUGGAUUAUUUUUAUUUAUUAAAAAAAAUUGAGGAUGAA